GCGAAUCCAAACCACAAGCCUGCAACUUUCUAUCCAGACCACAAUUCUUUUCUUUUUCUCCUGCUUCUUCGUUUGUAACCGUCGAACGGUUCUGGAGCAGGCACCGCCGCUCCAGCGUCGUCGUCCGCUUCAUUUCUGAUUCCUAUGAACGACUGGCCGCAAGCAAGAGGCGAAGGAAGAGGAAGAGGAGGAGGCCGCCUCGUCUCGGAUCUGGUGGCGCUCCGCCGCCACCGCCUCUGAGGCCAUGAAAGAACGAAGAAGAGUCGCUGGAGGAUGGGGGAGAUCUUCGUCCAAGGGCACCUCCGCCUCUUUCUCGUGGCAUGCCAUUUUCGUCUUCCUUUGCUGCGCCCUCUUCGCCAUCGUUGCCUACUCCACCUUCCGAAUCUUUGCAGUUUCAUCUCGACCGGUGUUGCUACCGACCUGGCAGACAUCGGCCAUCAAUGCCCUUGCUUCCGAUCACCCCUUCCUCCGGCGAGACGCCACCACCUCCAAGAAUGGCAGCAGCAAGCACCCUUCCAUCGAGAUCCAAGAAGCCAUUUCCUUUCCAGAUGAGGUCCUCCUCUUUCUCCGAUUCCCCAGUUCCCUCCCGCAAUCCGAUCUUGUUUGCAUCUACUACCACCCCUCCUCACGCAGUCCCCACGUCCAGUUCCCUGCCGUCGUCCCUUCCAGGACGACUCCCUUCAUUAUCUGCCCCGUUGGGCCUCAAGGCUUCCCUGUUUCCAUCUCGCCUGAUCUCCCCAUGCUCCACCCCUUGCCUUCCGACCACCUCACCUACGCCGCCCUCGUCGACCCCAAUGACAACUCUACCAUCGUCUUCGCCAAAGGCUUCAACCUCCGCCCCGCCCGCCUCUCCGAUCCCUCUCGCUUCGAGUGCGUCUUUGGCUGGAACUUCUCGACGCCUAAGUACCUUCUGACCUCCCCUGCAUUAACAGCAGCCCAGGAAAUUAUCCGCUGCAGCACCCCACCGAGCAUCCUCCUCCGUCUCGGCUCCCGACCGCACCUCGAUCCUCCUCUGAUAUCCGUCAAGACAAAGGACCCAGGCGCGACCGCUCUCCCUUCCAUCGCCCGCCCUGAAACCCUCCCCGCAAGCCCAAGGCAAAAGCGGCACACCAUGUGCGUCUGCACGAUGCUGCGCAACCAAGCGAAGUUCCUGCCAGAAUGGAUCAUUUACCACGGCCACAUAGGGGUCGAGCGCUGGUUCAUAUACGACAACAACAGCGACGACGACAUCGAGCAAGCCAUCGGAUCAUUAACCAUGUCUUCUAACUACAGAAUCAGUCGCCAUUUGUGGCCCUGGGUUAAAACCCAGGAGGCAGGAUUCGCGCAUUGCGCUCUUCGAGCCAGAAGCCACUGCGAGUGGGUAGGAUUCAUUGACGUCGACGAGUUUUUGUACCUCCCCACCAAUGUCACACUGCACGAUGUUCUCCAGAACUACUCGAGCAUACCACGGAUAGGGGAGCUCCGGACGACAUGCUACAGUUUUGGCCCCUCCGGAAGGAAGACAGCACCUUUGGAAGGUGUCACUUUGGGAUACACUUGUCGGCUGUUGGCUCCGGAGCGGCACAAGUCAAUUGUCCGGCCAGAGGCACUGGAUCCUUCUCUCACCAACGUAGUGCACCAUUUUCGAUUGAAAGAAGGUAUGCGAUACGUCAACAUGGAGAAGGGACUCAUGGCGAUCAACCAUUACAAGUAUCAAGCGUGGGAGGUGUUCAAGGAAAAGUUUCACCGUAGAGUUGCUACCUACGUUGCAGACUGGCAGAAUGAGGAGAAUGUGGGAUCCAAGGACCGGGCUCCAGGCCUGGGCACAAAGGCAGUGGAGCCACCUGAUUGGUCGAGCCAGUUCUGCGAGGUUAACGACACAGGGCUCAGAGAUUCCAUUUUUUUCAACUUUGUUGACCCAAGAAGUGGCCUUCUUCCAUGGCAGGAGGGAGAACUUAAUUUUAUUCAUCAAACCAAUACAGAGAAGGCUGAUAAUGAGAUCCAACUGGUGAAAUAGGUGUUUUGGCAAAUCUUGAAUCUUAAAUCGAUCCUAAUUCCUCUUUGUUUUUCAUUGAUUAUCCACUCAUUACCAAGUGUAUCCUUUUCAUGCUUGUAACUUAGUAGUUAGAAGACU